AUGUCCUUUCGAACAUGUAGCCGUUCAGUACCGUGGGCGAUGCCGGUGCUGGUAGGAUUUCUUGUGGAGCCUCGUCGGUGUAUCACUAGAAUCUACUCCUCGUACUACGUCGCUGAUCUCUUCCCAAACCAACUCAUCCCGAUAAAGCAGCGCCUUCCGCGAGGGACGACCGCGUCGGUUGCGCGCAAGGGACCCUCAAUGGUGGCCGAGGCCGUCCCCACCCCCGUGUCGCUCAGCAUGGCGAGCGCCACAGACGAGGUUUCAUGGGAUGAUGCCGCUCAAACAGAUCUCGUGCAGGUGAAUUUAGAUCACCAGCAAUCGCAGAGCGUGCUUUCUGGUGGGAGGACGUCCAAAUCGCAUCGCCCGUACGUGCCGUUGGGGGAGGUCGCAAAGCUGGAGCUUCAGGGGGAUUACCUCACGGAGGGUGGCCUACACCAAGAAGCCCUUGAACACUACGGGGUGGUGGCCAAAGCUUAUCAACUUGCGUAUCCAGAGACCCAUUCUAAACACAUUGGUAUUCUCCUCAAACUUGCGGGUGCAUUUCGGCGCACCUCUAGGCUAGAGAGCAGUGAGGCGAAUCUGCGAAGGGCGUUGGACUUGUUGGACCGGUCUGAAAUGCCGAUUUUGGAAUUAAUUGUGGAGGCGCUUUUGGAGAUGGGGUUAACGAAAGAAGCAAUGGGGGACAAGGAAGCUGGGCCCAUAUAUGAGGAGGCGGUGACGGUGGCAAACUUAUACCAUCGCUUCGGGGAGUCGCACCGGAUGCUGCGCCUUCUUCCACGCCUCGGGCGUCGAUUCCAUCUAAACUUCGAGGAGAAAUUUCGUUAUUACUCUCCAUUCGACUACGAUCGUACUUUCGCUAUCCUGGACCAAUGCAUGUCGCGCGCGGAGCAGUUUUACCGUCGUAACGAGGACUCCGAAGGUGUUAUCCGCGUCUUGCAGUUACGCAAAGAGAUGAUUGAUAAAAAGUUCUUCAACAUGCGUGACUUUGCGGGUCGUAUUCACACGAUGCGUGGUCACUGGAUGCGGCGAGCCGGUAUUCUCACCAACGCUCCCACUCCUGAUGAUCUUCUUCGCUACACUCCCACUAUCCAUCAAGUAUAUCGAGACUUCAAAUACGAGCUUAAUACACCGAUUGGUCGCGAAAAAGAAGUGCAUCAAGGUGUCAAUCGUGUAGUGCUGGACAUGGGCAACCCGUACCGUCGGCGUGGAAUGCAGGCCAGGAAAAUGAUGCGUGAUUCUGAUUAUAACUUUGCUAAAUAUAUUCAGAACAAGGAGUUUGACGACUAG